AUGCCGCUGGUGCUUCAGGUUCUGGUGGUGCGCACGUGCUCGUGCCCAAAGCGGCCAGAACCAGGAUGGUGCCAUGCGGCGCUCUCCGACGGCGCCCACCUCAUUUCCGGUCAUCUGCGCCUCGACGAAACCGCCUCGGCAGCCUUCCGUGCUGCCCCGCGUGGUUACGGCGCCGUGGUCCGCCUCCUCGACUUCGAGACCAGAACAAAUAUCGAGGGUGGGAGGUCAAUUGACUCUGAACAUGUUGAAGUGCUGCAUACUUCCUUGAAAAUUGGGGAUCCCAAAACAUACCGGCCUGGCUACUUGGUAAAAAAGCAUGAGAAAUUGGAUGCUCAAUUAGUGACUAGUUCUCCCAAACAGAACUUUAGAGCCAAUCCUAUCGGUCAAGGCUUCAAACGACUUUUGAUAAGUGGGGUGGUGGCGAUGUUGCAGCAUCCUGUGAUGCAGGUGGUUGGUGUCUCACUGCUGAAACCAGACCCAAAAACUCUUGUGAAGUACCAUUUGAUCCUCUCCGAUGGUGUGCAUACACAGAAUGCUACACUACAUCCCCGCCUCAACCAUCUAGUUGAGGAAACUCUCCUCCGCAAGGGCACCAUUGUCUGCCUCCUCGAUUUUGUUUGCUGUAAUGUUCGGUAUCACAGGAUUGCCAUUGCCGUGGAACUUGAAGUACUCCAAACAGAAUGUGUGCUGAUUGGAAACCCAAACUUCUAUGAGCUUGGAAAUAAACAGAGCCACUCCAACUCAGAGUCCUUACUGCCCAUUUCUGGAAGCUUCUGCAAGGAUCAGGGAGGCAUGGAGAUGCAGGCAAGCCUGACGUGGGGAGCAGUGACGGCCAUCUGGGAGGAUGUGGCUGCGGUGGUGCAGCCAGUGCUACAAGUGUUUGACCUGCUUGUAUGGGCAGAGAUGGAUGAUCCAUGGUUAUCCCCUAUCUUGCUCUCGGAAAGCACCCAUUUGAUCCGCGGCGGCCUUUCCCCCUACAUAAUCAGCUCAUCGAUCUUCAGGGAUGGCCGCCUCCACAUGGGCGCAGUGGUCCGACUCGUUGAGUUCACGUGCCACAAUGACAGAACUGAGAGUUACACAGUUGUUGGGGUAUGUGAGUUUAGCCUUCCUUGCUCUAAAUUCCCAGUAAGGGUCAUCGUUGUGUUAAAACUUGAAGUGCUGCGGGCGGAUUGUCCGAUGGUUGGAAAUCCCAAACAGUAUCCAUCUGGCAAGUUGGAAAACAAGCGCGAGGAAUUGGACACUGAAUCAGUGUCCAGUAAUGCCAAACUGAACUGUGAAGCCUAUUCUGCUGGGCAAUGCCUGAAGGAAUUCCUGACAAGAAGGGGGAUGGAUGCUACACUAGCACCCGACCUGAAUCACCUGGUUGAAAAUAUUCUUCUCAUCAAGGGUUCCAUCAUCCGCCUCCUUGAGUUUAUUUGCGAUACCGCCAAGAGUCCCAGGUGUGAAUCAUUCCUUGUUUUCCCAAAAAUGGAUCCUCGUGCAAGAAAGACUGGUUGA